UCUCUUCUCCCACCAACCUCAAGGUCAAGUGCUCUCUUUUGGUUCUCCCCGCCAGCCUCUUCACCUCUAUACUCCUCUCCUCGGUUCUUUUCUUCCCUCUCUCUCUCUCUCUCUCUCUCGACAGCAGGCAAGGAUGCAAGUCUCUCAGAAGUACUCUCCUUCUGAGAUCUCUCUCCACACCACCAAGAAGGAUUGCUGGCUGAUCAUCCAUGGCAAGGUUUAUGAUGUGACCACCUUCUUGGAGGACCAUCCUGGAGGGGAGGAUGUGCUUCUGCAAGCCUCAGCCAAUGGAGAUGCAACUCAGUCAUUUGAGGAGGUGGGCCACAGCUCCACAGCCAUCAGCAUGAUGGAGGGCUACUCGAUCGGUGUCGUCGAAGGCUACAAGGGCGGUGCUGCCGGCGGAGGAGCCCCAAACACCAAGGGAGCAGUGGUUGGGGGGCCAGUCAGAGCCAGGACACUGCAACAGCGGCAACCCCAAACUUCCUCCGGCUUCUUGGACCUCCUCCUUCCUGUGCUAGUCCUUGGCCUGGCCUUUGGUGCUUGGUAUUACCUCACCUUCUACUCCAAAGCCAAGGCGUGAGGACCAUCCAAAGGGUCAAGUUUGGUUGGAUGAAUAUUCCUAAGAUUUUGAGAGGGAUGGAGAGUCAUGUGAAAUAAAAAAAAAGCCUUGAAGAUGAUAUCUUUUUGGCUAGGGAGAGAGUUUUGCAGGUAGUCUUGGUUGGUUUACCAAACUUGUGUGCUUGUUGCUAUCUCUGCUCAUGUUUUGGCUGAUUGUAAGAAUCAACUUGAAGAAAUUCAUAUUGGAAGUGAACCCAUUACAUUAAUCUCUUGUGGAAGGAGUUUUCUUUAUUACAGUAUCACCAUGAACCAAUUUAAUGCU